AUGAUUGCGCCCUCUUCAGGACUCAACAUGUUUAGUGGAAAGCUAAACUCUCAUAAUCAUAGUGUGCUGGAGCAGAUGUUCCCAAACCUGAGGAAAAAGUCUGAGAAAAACAAGAACAAGAAAUCCCAAGAGGAGAGUUUGAAGUAAGAGAUGGAGCAACACACUGCUUACUUGAUUGCUAAGAUGAAGAAAGUAGUACAAGAGGAUCAUUAUGCUAUUAUGAGCUAAUAACCAGCCAUCUCAAGACUGUGUUUGAUUCGUGAGGUUGAUGAGGAACUGAGGAAGAAGAUGGUUCAACAUGAAUUUCUAGCUUAAGGUGGCAUCAAGGUACUUUCUGAUUGGAUCUCAGAAAACCCAGACGGCAGCUAUCCAUUAGUACAAGUCAUUGAACUAGUUUACACCAUUCUUGAGAAUCUACCAAUAGAGAGUCAGCAUUUAGAGCAAAGUAAGAUCGCUAAGGUGCUGUCACUCUAUGCUAAAAAUCUCUGUGGCUAUCCACAUCUGGCAAAUCGAGCAUUGACCAUCAUUCAGAGAUGGCAAGCUAUAGUCUACAAGUUGAGUUACAAAUACGAUGAGGACGGCUAUCACGAGAGAAAGCAGAGAGACCUGAGAGAGAAGAUCAAGCAGAUUGGAAGCCGCAUGGAUAUGGGAAAUGCUGAAGAGGAAUUGAUCAAGAGAAACCCCACUGGUUAGAUCAUUAUGACAAGUUCCAACUUUGACUUUAUCGAAAAACCCAAACCUAUUGUUGAGCCUCGCAAAUUGAAGGAGAGAAGUUGCACCGCUAAGGAGUAGAUUGAGAAAGCAUUUAACUAACUCAGAAAACAGAAAAAUACAACUGGCUAAUUCAUUUGA